GAAUCUCUGAUAAGCUAACGAAAAUGGUCCUUCAAAACGAUAUUGAUCUGCUUAACCCACCUGCUGAGCUUGAGAAGAGGAAGCACAAGCUUAAGCGUCUUGUUCAGUCUCCCAAUUCAUUUUUCAUGGAUGUCAAGUGUCAAGGCUGCUUUAACAUUACAACGGUGUUCAGCCACUCUCAGACCGUUGUGGUGUGUGGAAACUGCCAGACUUUGCUUUGCACACCCACGGGAGGAAAGGCAUUGCUCACUGAAGGAUGCUCUUUCAGGAAAAAGGGAGACUGAAGAAGAAGAUGAUUCCAUUCACUUCGCUACAAAUUUUCUUUUCGUUUAUUAUGAAUUUUGGUUGAUAUUUGAGCUAGUAACCUUCUUUGUCGAUUAUCCUUUAUUUUAUAAUAUGGAUUUUUGACUUGAAUUUAACUAGAAGCUCGUUCCUCUAUUAUGAAUGGUUAUGUUUUUUUUUGUAUAGCUGACUUCUUUUUAGAGGCAAUGCUGAAAGAGCCUUGUUACUGUUUAUAAUAUGAUCUUCGUUUAUAUAAAGCUACUAUAGACCA